GACUCAGCGAGCUCGAGAAGGGAAGGGAAGGGAAGGGAAGGGAUUGAACUUUGAACUUUGAAGCGCUUGCUAUCUGUUGGGAUCAGGAUCGGAAUUAGGAUUCGCAAGAGAUAGCCAUGACAGCUGCUGGUUAUGGGCGUGUCACGCCCUCCGAUCCAACCCCGACUCCACGACACGACACGAGAGCACUGCUCUCAGCCUUCCCCCGCCUACAGCAGAGUACCAGCACUAACCCCAACUUCCAAUUCCCAAUCCGAAUCCGCAUCCCUCAAACUCUAUUCCCAUAUAUGUACUCUACUUACCUCCAAGUUCCAACAUAUUCCUUUUUUCACACCCAACCUCUCCCAGAGUCCCAGUCUCUCCUCUCCAUCCCGGUCAAUACCCCGGAGAUCUGCGAGCGCCGUCUCGACGGGAAAAGAGGCGCAGGAGGAGGACAACAAAAGGUUACAGCGGCGCGCUUGCCUUUGUGCUCACUGCUGGCGGCGAUGGCGACGGUGGCGGUGGCGGCGAUGGAGUGCAGUGAUGCAGCGGUGUAUGUAGCAAUGCAGGAACCGAAAGUUAGAGCUUAAAGGGCCAGGUUAAAGGGCCAGGUUGGAGGGCAAAGUGGACUCUGCACUCUCCACUCUGGAGGGCAAAAUCAAAGAACAAAAUCGAAGAGCAGCCUGACAGGCAGGGUGUUGGCCCUUCGGGAAAAGCAACGUAUGGCUCGGGCUUUUCGGACUUUUCGGAGGGGAGGGCCACCGUCCACGAGGAGAAAAAGCGUGGAGGAGGGUCCCGAGGAGAACGUUGAAUCGCAG